GGUGUAUGGUGUUGUCUACAUCCGACGCAUCAUUUCGCGUUCCGUUGUUUCGAUUAACCUUGUAGUGCGUGGAGAGUAGAUUGGAGAGGGUGGUCUGAUAGCUUUCCUUGGUGCGGUGGCCGCAGUAAGAGCGUCGAUUUCUCUUUUGAAAUUAUCGCGUAGUAACUGUGCCGAUCGUGGACUGGAUCUGUCAAUUGGAAUGUUGAUAGGGACUUGGGGUCUCCAGAUCCCCACUCGGGUGCGAAGAAAGCUAAGUCGAGUUGUUGCAGAGUCCGUCGUUGAGGUCGUGUCGUGUGAUGUGGAAUCCGAGAGAUGGGCGGUAUGUCUGAGGACAUUGUGCCGAGGUUCUGAGGCAAGCAAACUGGAGAAUGAAUGGAUGUCCAGCAGGGUUUGUUGUCGUAUAUGGUGCAGAAGGCGUUGAAAAGUGCUACUCCGAGGUUGAAAGGCGAUGGGUUUAAUUCGUGGCCGCACUUUUCUGCCCAUAUCUGCCAUAGUAGUGCCGUCUUGAGUAUCUCCCAUGGGGUGUUGGCAUUUACGGGACAAUGCUUGCAGUUGUUCCGCAAAAUGCCGUUGUUGCUAUGUCCGAGGACAUUGUCCCACGUGUACCAUUUGUUCCCGGCCUUCCAGAAAUGUCCACUAUGGAAGCAGUCCGUGAGCUCUAAAUGUAGGAGUUCGUUCGUUCCAGGCUGUUAUCUCGCACUGCCCCCUGCCUGUGGUUGCACUUCCCCCUUGUUUAUCCUUCAGAUGUUCGAUAUUGUUGAAAUCCCCAGCCAUUAUGUGGUGGGCAGGAGGGAGAGGGUGUCGCUUGAUUGUUUUCCAUAGUCUAGCUCUGCUGCCAGUAUGUUGUACCCAUAUACGUUAAUUACUCCAAGUUUGAGAGAUUGUGUGAGUUUGAAUGUAACGUACUGUGCACGGCCGGAUUCAAUGACUCCAUAUUCGCAGACCUAUGUUGCGAGUUUCUUAGAGAGCAGGAUUCCUAUUUCUCCCAUGGAGUCUUUGGCCGCAGAGCAACGGGCUUCGCUCCACCGGGAGGUACCACGUAGCAGUUCGAGUUGUGAUGUUCUCUUUCGGCAUUCGUGAAUUGAAAGUUUGUGUUCUUGAAUGAUUAAUAGAUCGGGCCUAGGGGUAGUUCUCGCGAAGAAUUCCUUGAUCUCUCGUCUUUUGAGGAAGCCAGCACGUUCACGGCCCAGACAUUGAAUGUUCAAGGAGGCGACGGUGAGGGGUUCUAACAUUCUCCCGAGCCCACUUCCGAGGGGCGGGCGUCCCCAUUUCCUGUGAGAUGGCUUAGUGUGUGUUCGGUGGUGUGCACGGUGGUUUCAGAUAUGGUCGUGGGGGUGAUGAAGUCCAUCGGCAAGUCCUGAGGGGGGUUGCAACCGAAGAGGAGUUGUCUUCCCUGUUCCUCGAUUGGAUCUCCCAUGGAUUGGCCUCCAUGUGUGGUAAUGUCGAGAUUUGGUUUUGAAUAAAGUUGGGGAGUAUGUGCCAGAUGUAACUGUGGCGGUCGAAGGGUGAAGAUUGUUUCGUCGCAUACUAUGAUAGCUGUGAGGAUGCAUAGUGCCGACUUUCCGGAGGGUCGAAGCCAUUCGUACCUCCAGGAUCCGUCUUCCCAGUUUCGUAUCGGAUUUCUGUGUUUGUUUUGUAACGUUAUCUUGGGUCGGAGUUGUAGCAUUGUUUCGUUUACCAAGUGGGUUUUUGCUUCUUCUUGUGUCCAUGAGGACUUGUUGAGCGGUUGGGUCAAGUAGAAGGAUAUUGGUGGUGUCUCAUCAUGUAUGGCUAUGGGGUGUGGCAUAUAAACCGUCAUCUUGUUUGAGGACGGUAAGGGGGAGCACCGCGGCUGAGAAUUCUGAGCCUUGUGGCUGGGUUUUCCAGUUGAGGGCAGUCCACUAGUCUGGGUGAAUAUAGGUAGUGUUGUAGUCUACAGCCCCUUCUUGUAAGGUAUCUAUGACGUCCUCCCAGGAGUGUGGUUUAACUGGUUUCCAAACGAAUCCCUUGUUGGGGCUUUUCCUUGCGGGCUGUCUUUUCCGAUAUUCUGUUGAGCCUGCGGGUGAGACGUCGCCGUUGAAGCUUUGUCCCGAGUUGCUGCUGAUGGGAAUAGGCUCUGGGGUGUUGAAGGUUGGCGUGGCUUUUCUGCGAACUUUGUUGGUACUCUUGUUUACGAUGCGGUUUUCGGCUGGUCUACGAUAGAUGUUGCAGUCAGGUGUUGUGUGGUCGUAUGACCUACAUCGAUUGCAUUUGGUGUUGAAUCCGCUUAAGAGGAGAGUAUGUUCCUGUUCUUAGUCUUCCUCUGUGUCUAGUCUGUUGAUUUUGAUGGUUUUAGGUAGUGCUGUGGUGUUUGCAACAAGGAUUCUAACUCUAGGCCCAGAGAUCUUUGACCGGUGUAGUUCACUGUCGUCGAUCGUCAGUAUUUCAAAGAGUUGGGAGAGGGUGGGGUGUGGAAACUCCUUCGUCCUUAGUGCGUGUGGAAGCUCCAAAACCUGUACUCAUAAUGCUGUUUUUUGUUGCUUGUGUGUAGCGGAAAGGUCUAGUUCGUAGUAGGGGGUCCAGGGGUAGAAGCAUAUCUCCUUGUUAUCGAUUUUGUAGCUGUACUUGGUGAGGGUUUGUUUGACGCCAUCUAGGUGGUUGAAUUGUAUCUCUACAUAGUUAUUCUCUCUCAUUCUCAAGCA